GACGGGUCUCACCUGUGCUCUGGAAAAGUGGAGAUGUAUAUUGGAGGACGAUGGGGUUCAGUGUGUGACGCUGUCUUUGACCAGCAGGAUGCAGAGGUUGUGUGUAGAGAGCUGGACUGUGGGGUUCCUGUACAGGUGCUGGGAGCAGCUGCUUUUGACAAAGGAGACGCUCAGAUGUGGACACAAGAGAUUCAGUGCAGAGGAAAUGAAUCACACAUUCAACGCUGUCCAUCAUCAAACUUAAAUAAUACAAACUGCACCCAUGAAAAUGAUGUCGGACUGAUAUGUUCUGGUUACACUGAUCUCAGGCUGAAAAAUGGUCCUGACAUCUGUUCUGGUCGAGUUGAACGUCAGUACUUCAGUAAAUGGGGCACAGUGUGUGAUGCAUGCUGGGAUAUGAAAGCUGCCAGUGUCCUCUGUAGACAGCUGAAUUGUGGGAUUGCUGUGUCUGUUGUGGGAUCAGACUGGUUUGGAGAGGGAAGUGGUGAAAUCUGGGCUGAUGUGUUUGAUUGUGACGGGAAUGAAACAAAACUCUCAGAAUGUUCCAUCUCUUCAUGGAGUCGAGCUGAAUGUUCUCAUAGACGAGAUGUUGGAGUCAUCUGCUCUAAUUCCUCUCUGGCUCUUCAUGAUGGUCUGGUGCGGUUGUCUGGAGAGAGACAGUGUGAGGGGGAGGUGGAAGUUUUCAUCCAUCAGGUCUGGAGGAGAGUUCUGCUGGACUCCUGGAGUCUCUCUGAAUCCUCUGUGGUCUGCAGACAGCUGGGCUGUGGCUCUGUGCUGAACUUCUCCGGCUCCUCUUCAUCCAGUCCUGAACACAGUCAUGAGUGUGUGACGGGCUUCCAGUGCUCUGGGAGUGAAGCUCAUCUGGGGAACUGCAGCUCUCCACAAACUCUCAACUGCAGCUCCACAGAACAGCUGUCAAUCACCUGCCUUGGUCGGGGGUCCAUCAGGCUGGUGGGUUCUGGGGGAGACUGUGCAGGGAGGCUGGAGGUUUUUCACAGCGGCUCAUGGGGGACAGUGUGUGAUGACUCCUGGGAUAUUAAAGAUGCUCAUGUGGUGUGCAGACAGCUGCAGUGUGGAGUGGCCCUCAGUAACCAGCAGGUACCAGCCUGGUUUGGUCCUGGUUCUGGACACAUAUGGCUGGAUGAGGUGGAGUGUGAGGGGAAUGAGACGUCCCUGUGGAGCUGCUCUUCUCCAGGCUGGGUAAAACAUGACUGUCAACACAAGAAAGAUGUAGGAGUCGUGUGCUCAGAGUUUAAAGAGAUCAGGUUAACUGAGGGCUGUGAAGGGAAUGUGGAGGUUUUCUACAAUGGAUCCUGGGGUAAUGUGUGUUACAACCAGAUGGACAGAGACACAGCGAGUCUGAUCUGUCAAGAGCUGAACUGUGGAAGAUCUGGCAGUGAACCGAGUAAUUCAGAGGGACUGAAGCCUCGUAACUGGCUUGAUAAUCUUAAAUGUCGACGACAUGACUCCACUUUAUGGCAGUGUCCAUCUUCAGCAUGGGGAAAGUAUGACUGUGAUAAUGAAGUGGCCAAAAUCACCUGCUCAAAGGAUCAGAUUAGUGAGUCACCUCAGAGUUUUCUGACAUGUUCUACCUCACCAUCUUCAUACAAGAGACAGUGUUCAAAUCAUGUUCCUCUCAGACUGAGUGGAGGGGACGGCCGGUGCUCUGGGAGGCUGGAGGUGUAUCAUAACGCUGUGUGGGGCUCAGUCUGUGAUGAUCAGUGGGACAUCAGCGAUGCUCCGGUGGUCUGCAGGCAGCUGGGUUGUGGAGCAGCACUGAGGGCUGAUGGGAAUUCAGUCUUUGGUGCUGGUGAAGGUGUUGUGUGGAUGAACAAAGAUGAGUGCAGAGGGAAUGAGAUUCAUCUGUGGGACUGUCCUCUCUCCCUGAAUAACCACACUGACUGCUCCCACAAGAAGCUUGUUAGACUCAACUGUGAAGAUGUGUCAGUGUCCACUACUCCUGCCACAACAUCAUCAGCUUCUCUUCCAGUUUCUCCUUCAGUGCACUCAACAUCAGUCUCUCCUCCACAAACUCCUCCACCAGAGUCUCUCCCAGUGCUUGUGAUUGUUCUGGGAGUUGUGCUCUUACUGCUCUUAGUGCCACUGCUUAUACUGAUUCAGCAGAACAGAGUGAUGAGGAGAGCUCUCUCUAAGAGGAGACACAGGACGAUGUCUGAGACCGUUUAUGAGGAGAUUCAGCACAGACACAAUCACUUCACUCAGAGGGGGAGUCUCAUCUCUGAAGAACUGCAUUCUGGGUAUGAAGAUGCUGAUGAGCUUCUCUCAGCAAAAGCGUUCAAUACUGCAUAUUAUGAUGAUGUCACCAAUGGCAGUGGCCUAAAAGAAGAGAUGAUGAAGGAAAUCACACCGGGAUACUAUGAUGAUGUCAUCACUGAUGGACUGAAACCAGAUCGUGAGACAGAAGACACACCUGAGAGCUAUGAUGAUGUCAUGACGAGCGGACACAACUCUGAUAUCAAAAAAGUGAACACACCAGAGAAUUAUGAUGAUGUCAUCAUUAAUAGACCGAGCUCUCAAGGUUUAACAGAGAGAGUUCAGGAGGAGUAUGAUGAUGUGAUGAGUGUCAGUGAAGAUGUGAGAAACCUGUUGGAUUAUGAUGAUGUGGAGGAGGAGUCAAACAAAGAAGUGGGGCAUUCGUCUCAGUGAUCAUCCACUGCCUCGGUUCAACAAAUCUGAACAAAUUUCCCUCAAACUUGUGUAACCCACUGAUUCAAAUUAGAUUUGUACCCAAAAUGUAGCUGUGAAUUAAAUAAAUGAACAUUUUUUUGUCUGG